AUGCAUACCAACACCAAUGACGAAUAUGAUUUGGUUUAUCGACUACUGAUGUCCAUGCUUAAAUCUUACCUGGGAAUAAUGGAUUCUUGGAUAUUCGAAGGAAUUAUUCAAGACAAAUUCCAAGAAUUUAUGCUCUCGAAAAACGACAAUUUGAAUGUUGAAACACCUUUAUUUUGGACUGAAGGAUUUAUUCAAUCCAAAAUUCCAAACAUUUUUUCCAACACCAAGGAUAAAAUUAUUAGUAUUGGAAAAUCCAUUAUCUUGAUGAAAGACAUUGAAACCAAGCACGAAAUUACUUUGGACACAAGCUCCAUAGGUGACUACAUGUUGGAUAAAGAAAAACCUUCUCUCUAUAGACUAUUAGAAACAGCCUUGGAUUUGGAUUCUAGAAAUGGUGAUGUAAACCAUGAAAAUUUUCAUGCAUGUGAGACUUUUAAAACGGAAACAUCUCCAAAAGCACUGACACUGUUACGAUCAAUCCAUAAACCAAGAAAAGAUAACACCAACGAAAAUUCUAACACUGUAGAGCUAUCAUCUCCAAUUUCUAUUUGUUCUGAAUCUAUUCCAAUUGGUUCAAUCCAUUUUAUGAGAUCACCUCCAAAAAAAAAACGAAUGUUAUCCCUCUUAGAAACUGAAGACUUGUACAGCAAUACUAUUUCAGAUCCAACCGAUAACAAGGAUAAAUCAUUCUUCUCACUCGCCACAGACCCCUUUAGGUCAGACGAUCAAACAAGCAAUAUUUUCAAUUUGCUGAAGAAAAAGAGUUUAUCAGAAGUGAUUGACUUUCAGUGCGUGUCAGACAAUCAUUACAUGUCUUCAAGCAAGAUACUUGAACAGCCUAUUGAAAUUAAUUUUGAGUUAGGUCUUUUUAAGAAUAUUAAGGAACAAUAUUCACGCAUAGCUCCCUACUUGUGCAAUUUGAUAGUUUAUAGAUCGAAGCUCAUUGACCAUCUCACAGCUAUUCGAGCUAUUUUUCUAAUGGAAGCAGGUGACAUUAUGGACUACUUUUCAACGCAGUUGUUUCAUCUUUCUGAUCGAUUCAUUGCAUUCGAUUUUCGCGGUAUUACCACAUUUGACAUCCAAAUGAUAUUGAGAGAUACUUUGCGUCUUGGAGUAGAAUAUCCAAGACGAUACUCUUUUGCAACUAACAAUUCUACCUCUUUUUAUACUACCGACGUAUUUUCAUCUCUUACUUUAGAAGAUAAAAUAUCUGUGAUCUUCGAUGACACCAAGAUCAAGAUCGAAGAUGGAAACUUUUUUGAUGGGCUAGUAUUUAACUUUGAAUUAGAGUGGCCUCUCAACGUUAUUAUCUCUACAGAACAUGUUCAGCACUACAAUGAAGUGUUGAUUUUUAAUCUUAAACUUAAACAAGCAAAACAAGUAUUGGAAAUCAUGAGCUUGAAAACCGACGCCUUUGUGCAUAGAGGAAAUGCCUAUCUCAAAUUUUAUAGCCUCUUAAACCAGUUGAAACAUUUCAUAAGCGCUGUUCAGUAUUAUAUGAUGAAUAGAAUAUUACAUACUUUGUGGAAUGAAUUAUGUGACAAUGUUCUAUCGUCACAAGAUCUUGAUGAUUUACGAAAUUAUCACCAGGACUAUAUGAAUAAGAUUAAGGAUCGAUUUCUCCUCAAAAAAGCACAAUUUGUGAAAAAUCACAUUUUCAAAGUUGUGCAAAUUUGCAUAACACUUCGCACAAAAUUGAAUAACUUUAAGGAAACACAAAGAGAAGAUAUAUUUUUAUCAGAGUUACUUGAAAUGGAGGACGAGUUCAAGAAAAGUUUCAAAAUGUUGCUUACCAUCAUUAACAGCAUCCUUUCUAGGGGCAUUCAUGAACACUGUAAGUUGUCGAAAUGA